UCUUCGGUUACCUUUUUGUAAAAAAAGAAAAAAGUAAAAAAAUUCCCAGGCAGCUCAAGACCAAUGUGUGUAAGUUUAAAUUAAAAGUAAUCCACGAACUGCUGAGCCUUAUCAUCAAUCCGAAGAAAUGAGUGAAACCAAGAAGCUACUCGAUGCAUUGCUAUGCGACAUCUACGGCAGGCAGGAGCAGUUGGCCAAGCGCAUGAGACGCUGCCGUAGGGAUCCUGUCUUUCGCUGCCGAUCCUCGAAGGAGAAGAAAGGACAAUUGGCCCGAUUGGCCAGCGGCAUGGUCGGCAAUCGGUCCACCCUGGAGCGUUUGGAUGUGCGCAAUCUGAUUGAUGUGUGCGCCAUCCUGAAGGUGGAGAUCCUGAUGUUGGGGUAUUUGCUGGAAAGAGUCCUUUUGGCCAGAGAUCGCCUGCAGCGGCAUCAGGAGGUACUCUGCGAGUUCGUCACCGCUGUGCUAGUCGUUGAGAGCGACGAUGCACAGCCUAAGAUGCGUUUUAGCCUCUCGCCACCGCCACAGAAAGCCAUUAGCAGUGCCCGCCUAACCUCGCCCACCGGCAACAAUAGAAGCCCCAACAGCACCAGCACCAGCACCAGCACCAGCACCAGCAUUGUAACUAUGCUGGCCCGCAAUGGCGGAAGUCACGGCACCAGCCCCACCGCCUCCGGAUCCGGAUCCGCCGCCUCCGCUGCCGCCGACGACGAAGCCACCUCGGACUACAAUCAGUGGCUGCAUGCCAUGAAGCUGGUGGCCCGCCUGCCCGGAGGCACUCCACCCGAGUUCCGGCGCAAGUUGUGGCUGUCGCUGGCGGACAAGUACCUCAAGUCAAAAAACGUGGACUGGGCGCAGCAGCGCGAGAAGUGCUUCUGCGAGGAGUGGCGCGAGGACGACGAGGAGCUGGGAAUCCAAAUAGUCAAGGAUCUGCAUCGCACUGGCUCGAAUCUGUGCACCGGCCCCGCGGGCUCCAUAAACCAGGCCAAGCUGAAGCGCAUCCUGCUCGGCUAUGCGCGCUACAAUCCCGAGGUGGGCUAUUGCCAGGGCUUCAACAUGCUGGGCGCCCUCAUAUUGCAGGUGAUGGACAAGGAGGAGGAGGAGUCCAUGAAGGUCAUGAUUUACCUGGUGGAGGGCGUGCUGCCCACGGGCUACUUCUGUGGCUCGAUGGGCGGGCUGCAGGCGGAUAUGGGCGUCUUUCGGGAGCUGAUGCAGACGCGACUGCCGCGCCUGGCAAAGCACCUGCAGCGACUCCAGGGACCCGUGGAGAACGCCUUCGAGCCGCCGCUGACGAACGUCUUCACCAUGCAGUGGUUCCUCACCAUGUUCUGCACCUGCCUGCCCAUGUCCUGCGUCCUGCGCGUCUGGGACCUGGUGCUCAUCGAGGGCAGCGACGUCCUACUGCGCACAGCCCUCGUCCUCUGGAGUUUGCUCGAAGAGCGUGUACUCAGUGUCCGAUCUGCGGAUGAGUUCUAUGGCAAGAUGGGAUCCUACUCCAGUGAGCUUCUAAAUGGACAUCUGGUGGACUCGAAUGGACUUAUUGAACGUGUGGUGAAGCUAGGAGCCAUUGCGGACCUGAGGCAGCUGAGGGAUAAGCACCUCUACAACAUAGCCCCUCUGCGUAACAAACAGGGAUUGCAGCUUUACUACGACGAGGAGGACACCCAUUCGGAUGAGGAGCGCAUGGCGGUGGCCACCGUUUUUGGCUUGAAUUGGGGCAGACGUGGAUCUGUGGGUCCGGCGGCGGCGACUGGGAAACAGCAAGUGGAGCAGAAGGACCGCCUGGCCUUGGACAUAUCCCUGCUGAAGAAGCAGUAUGAUCGGCUGAGGGAGCGCCAGAAACAGGCUCAUGUCAUCCUAACCACAGCCUGCUCCACGGCGGCCCGUCAAGGAUCUGGUCCGGCGAGCAGUUCCCAGACGGCUGUGCAAGUGAAUCAAUUGCUUCUCGGGCGCCCGGCCAUCGUGACCAACAAGGGGAAACGGGUUGGAGCACCGUUGGGCGCCAUUCCGCCCGCUCGAAAGCCAUCUCUUCCGGCAGUCCUUCACACCAAACCCGCCUCAGAAAAGCAGCUGAGAAGGGGGGAGACCCUGCUCUGGCGGGAUACCGACACCAGCCAAAGGCGACGGGACAGUCUGACCUGGAAGGAGAUCAAGGCGGAUCGGGCGGCCAUGGUGCGGGAGGGCAUUGAUGUGGGCACUGCAAAGACCCAGAAGCUGCGCACGCGUUUCGGCAAGAGCGAAAGCUCCUCAUACAGCGAGGAAAGCGAUGGAGAGCAGGAGGCCGGGGCAGGAGGAGGCUCUAGCACGGACACCAGCCUCUGCGACGAUGACGACCCAAAGUCCACUGAGAAAAGUCCCAAGCACAAGGCGAAGCUGGCUCGCAAGCUCAAGGAGCAGAAGCAGCUGACCGGCUCCAGGGAUGCGAGCUUGGAGCGACAGCGACCCAAAUCCUGGGCUCCCAGCAGUCACGAGAUUCCCUUCAUGCUGAUGGGCACGGACAGUGGCGAUGAGAAGGAGCCGGCCGUCAAGGAGGAGGUGGAUCCUGUAGAUUUGGGCGAGGACAGUGCCACGGAAAGCGGUCGUUUUGGCUUUGACAAGGAACUGGAUUUGGUCAGCUACAAGCUGGAGCCUCUAAACUUACAUAGCGAAACCGAGAUCCCAAUUAGUCCCAUUGGCACACCAAAAAUGAAAAGUGAAGCCGAUGAAGACUUGCUGCAAGAGCAAAAGCGUUUCGAUGUGAGCGACAAUGGGGUUACCAAUGAGUACUUCGAAAGGGUUAAUAGUGUGGAACGACCCAAUCGUUUGGAGUUAUCCUACUCGCUGAACGAAGAAGAAACAGAUACUAGUGCAAUUUACCUGGAGGAAAGGGAGAAGGUCGAGGGUCACAGUGGAGACAGGGAGAACCAAUCCUUGCCCCCUUUCCCCACAAGAGCGGAGGACGACAGUGUACAGGUGGCUGGUAAAGUACCUCAGAUUCGGGACGACAACAUUCCAGGUGAGAACAAGGACGACUACAAAGAGCUCCUGAGCAUGACGAUAGAGAAUAGUACAGGGUAUAUGCCACCACCCCCAACAGCUGGUUCAAAAAACAAUGCCACACGCAAGAGAAGGGAUCCGCGACGCAAAACACUGACUCGUUCAUCGACCAUUGAGAUCGAGGAACGCUAUCAGGCUCUAGAACGAAGGAUCAGCCAGGAUCAGCCGAAUGGUGACAGGCAGCCCAAGUACAUUCCCAGCACCGCCGCUCUGGAGGAGCGUUUCAACACCCUUGAAAAACAACUAAGUGCCGAGAAGCAGCGCAAGGAGCUAGUCGAAAUGGAUUCUGACUUUCCGAAUAAGUCCGAUCGAAUUCCCUCCACCGCCGAUCUCGAAACACGUUACAAUUCCUUAACAAAACAAAUGAGCUCCAGUGAAUCUAUUGCCAAGGCUCCCAUUGAUCUUAAGGAUGAAGAGCCGCCAGGUGGCAGCAAAUCCAAGGAGCAAAAUGAUAGCGAGAAAACCAGCAAGCUGCACAACUCCGAGGAUAUCGAAUCUGACACAAAGGAAACCACGGCCAAGUUCGAAGCCAGCGGUAACAAGGACACCGAUGGCGAUGAAAAGGGAGUCGAGCAGCCACGCCUUAAGAGACUUCCAUCAACUGCGGAGCUGGAAGAUCGUUACAAUGCCCUCGAGCGCAAGAUGAGCGUACAGAAAAGCAGCCCAUCCAAAAAUAAGAAAGAACCACCCGAUGAAGAGUCGUCCAAAGUAGCAAAAGAGCCACAAGAGUCCGUAAAGACAAGGCAGAAGUCCAAAGACAGUGAAACACCCGCUGCUGCAGAGGACUCCCAAGAUAGUCAACAGAAAAGACUUGAAACUAAGAUAAGUCCUGUAUCACCAAAGAAAUUCGAGGAUCAGGACAAUACCUCCAGUAAAAUUGAGUCCCCUAAACCUAAAGAAAAGUCUGUAGGCGAAAGCUCCAAAUCAGCAGAGGAUAUCCAAAAGUCAGUAAAGUCAGUAAGUUCACCAACUAGAAAUGAAAAGAUACCGAAAACUGAUGAAACCAUAACGAAAUCUGAUGCAGAAAAAAUUGAGGAAACAAAAAAAGAGGAAGCUGUUAAGAAACCUGGUUCAGAUAAUGGCGAAACCAAGAAGAAAGAAAGUGAUUCCAAAAAGGUUGAAACCACAAAGACACCUGUUUCAGAAACUAUUGAACCUGAUAAAAAGUCUGAGUCAGAAACCAAAUCAACUAGUAAAGAAUCGGAUUUGGCAAAGACUCCCAAAAAGUCCCCGCCCUCCACAGAGGAACUGGAAAAACGUUUCAAUGCCUUGGAAAAGCAAAAGAGCACUACCAACAUAGAAACCAACAAAGAGGCUGAGCCAGCAAAGUCAUCGGCAAAAAAUCAAACAUCAAAAGUCGAAGAAAAGGCACAAAAGUCCAUGCGAUCUUUCGAUGAAAAGAUUAAAGAAGUUAAUACCACAAUAACUAAAGAGCAGAAGAAAGUUGUCGAGGAAGAUCAAUCGAAGAAGAAGCCAAAAAUUAACGAGAACUUAGAGACACCCGAAAAAAAAGUUGUUCAUACUGAGUUACCAGAUGAAGCUCAGCAAAAGGGCAAAAACCAGAGGAGAGCUUCCGAACCGCCAUCCACGGAGGAUCUGGAAAAGCGUUACGAAACCUUAAAACGUCGCAUGAGUAGCAAAAAUCAUUCGGGCACUCAAAGCGAAACUGUUGAUGAAGCUCUCGAAAGGAUUCAACAGGAGGUGAUCUCGGAGUCAGCGGAGGAAAAGAAGCCCCCGCCGUCGACAGAGGAUCUGGAGAGUCGCUUUGAGGCACUGCAUGGGGGUGAGAAGAGCACCAAGCCCAAGCACAUCGAUGUGGCCAUCGAGGCGCACAUUCCAGAGCCACCUCCACCACCUCCGCCACCGAAGGAGCGUGCCAUCCUGGCCGAACCCGUGCUCCACCAACAACAGGCUCUGAUCGAGGAGCUGCAGAGCAAGAUGCGUGGCCAAUCACCCGGCGAGGAGAACCUCAAGCCCAGCGAGAUAAAUCCGCAGAGGAGGCAGCGGCCACAUCAUCAUCUGCUCCAACGACCCGCGCCCAUGGGCGAUGAGACCUCGGAAGCACCUGCAAACACGGCUUACUACAGAGCAGCAAACCAUGAGGCCUGGCAGCAGCGCAUGGUGCGUCGGUUCUCUGAUUUACCCUCCCGGGCCGAUCUGGAGAACCGAUUGCAGUUCCUGGAGAGGCAACUCUACAAGAAGUUCUACAAGCAGCGCUGUGCAAGUGAUUCCGAAGUUGCAUCGAAGGUCAAGCUCCCGCCCGAUGACCAGCCCAGCACCUCCCAUCAGGCCAGGGCCCUGGAGGGCGAGGCUCUGCUGGAGCAGCGUGUCCUGGCGCUGGAAAAGCAGCUGAGCGAGAACAGUCUCAAGCUGCUGGAGGCAAUGAGGGAGCGUCAGAGGUCAGCGGCCCCCCGCAGCGAUGACAGUGACUCCCCAAGGCGGCUGAGCACGGAAAUGAUCGACGCCACUGGCAAGGAGCUCGUUCGAUACACCCAGAACAUUGGCGAGCUGGAGGAAGUGGACGCCAACAAGCCCAUCAACAUUAGCAUCAAUAUCAAAAUGCUGCUCAACAAGGAUUGUGGUGAGCCCAAGCCGCCGAAGGGUGAGUCCAAGCCCUCAACCGAAGAUCUGGCGCGUCGCCUGGAGCAAUUGGAGCAGCAAUUGUUGGAGGAGCGGGCCAAAAAUGGCACUAUCCCUGCUGAGAAUGAAGUGCCGGAGGCGAAACCAGAAAAACCAGAGGAUAGUGACGCCUGCAAAAAGCAGGAGAAGAACUGCCACAAUCUCCAUGUGAAAAGCGACGAAGCUGAGAAGUUAGAAGAGCCGCUUGUCGGAAAAACGGAACCGGAGGCGGCAAAGGAAACCAAGACCUUGCAAAACGAAGAGAAAGCUCAAGCUCGAGCCAAAGAGGUGGUUACUGAAAACCUUGGCGAGAAAGAACAAACAGUUGUUGAAGUAAAUCCAGUCAAGGAGAUAGCCGUAGUGAAAGCCAAGUCUCCUAUGACAGAAAAAUCAAAGGAUGAUACUAAAAAGGAAACGGAAUCAAGUAAGGCAGAAAAAAGCAAGGAGAAAUCCUCCCAAAUUCAACCUGCUUUGGAAAAGUCUUCAGCAUCUGAUUCCAAACCCAAGGAAGCCCCUUCCAAAGAAGUUCCCACCAAUAAAGUGGACAAUAUCAAAAAGGAGGACUCCAAAUCCAAGGAAAAGCCAUCAUCUAAUAAACUCGAAAAUUCAAAUGUUGAAACAAUCGAAUCAAAGGAAACCACUACAGCAGAGAUCCCGACCAGUAAAGAAUCAGCCAAGCAACUGCCAGAAAAAAAAGAAACUAGCAAAGAUUCUUCGGCAAAAGAAAUGCCCGACAAAAUGGUGAUCAAUGCCACCGAUCUUGGACCAGUGGACGCAAAUAGCAAAACUGUAGUGCUACUCAUGGACAACGAGCCCAGAGCUUCAAAAGUGAGGCGAUUGACUAGAGCCAACACUGAGGAACUGGAAGAUCUAUUCCAGGCUCUAGAAAAGCAGCUCAAUGAUCGCAAUCUCAUCAAAUCCGAAGAUGGUCGCCUGAUACGAGCCGAUAGCAGCAAGCCAAGUGCGGAGGAAGUGGAGCAGGCUCAAGCUAUUUGUGAUCUCACAAAAGAAAUUGAGGAUUUCACUAGCGCCAAGCCGGAGGAGAAGCCCAAGCCAAAGGAGCCCGCAAAAGAGGACAAACCAAAGGCUGAAGAGCCGGAGGACUACGACUGGGGACCCAACACUGUGAAACACCACCUAAAACGUAGAACAGUCCACCUGCCUUCCACCAAAGAGCUGGAAUCGCGCUUCCGCUCCUUGGAACGUCAAAUCAAACUGCUGGAGGAUGUGGAGAAAAUCGAUGUCGAGCAGCGAUUGAAUGAGAUCGAACGGAAAAUAAAGCUGCAGUAUUCGCUUUCCCACGAAACGGACUUGAACAAGUACUUGGAGCUUUGUGAGGGCAAGGGUCUGGAUGACGAGGAGGCAUUGCCUUUGGAAACCACCACAAAAGCGGAGGAAACUGCAACGGUCAGAGAUCGUUCGCGCAGUCCUGGACGCAAGGUGGCCAGUAAAUCUCCGUAUACAUCUCCUUCUCGCAAUGCUGCCUCUAAAUCUCCCUACACAUCUCCUUCCCGGAAGGCUGCUAUUAAGUCUCCUUACACCUCUCCUUCGCGAAAGUCAGCCAAGUCGCCUUACACUUCGCCCUCCAGACAUCGACAGAGAUCACCUUCUCCAACGCGCUCACCCGAAAGAAAGUCCAAGAGGAGUCCCUACACCUCUCCACUUCGUCGCAAGCCGCAUCCCAACGACCUUCCAAUCUCCGAUGACCUGGAGUACAAAUAUCGGGUACUUGAUUUGGUAAGAUCCAAAUCGAAGGAAAACUUGGCCAAGCGAAUGAACGACCCGAACAGGAAACCGGCCAUUCAUCCUCUCGAAAUGAUUCUAAGCCCCAGUCCGGAUGACAGUGCAAUACCCACAACAGGAGAACUGGAGCACAGGAUACGAGUCCUCGAUGGCAAGCUCAAGUCGCCGGCCAAAGCCCGACCCAAGUCUCGCUCCCGAUCGCCCACCAUCGAUGACAUAAAGCGUCAGAAGAUGCGCGAUGAGCAAAAGCCCAGGACACCGGUGCACAAUCUGGAGAGAAUAGUCAGUUCUCCUGGCAGACCAGAGCCACCCACUGCCGAGGAGCUCGAGGAGCGCAUACGCAUCCUGGAGCAGGAGCACAAGUUUGACUUCAAGACCCAGAAGGACUACAAGGCAUUCAAUCAAAAGCUCAAGGACGUCAUCUCACCCUCGCUCUCCUUCGAGGAAUUCCGGGCCGCCAAGUCCCGGGAGCAAAGUCCCCGCCGCCAAGGCGCCACUACACCCAAGUCUGCCCUACGUCGUGACGAUUUCGAUGAGGGCUACUCGGGCAGCACCACCCACUACCGCCCCACCAGCCCCAAGGUGAUUCGGUUCCGGGACGAGGACGAAGACGAGGACCAGUUUCAGGAGGCGCCCAGGUCAAAAUCGCGCCACAACAGCGAUCGAAUGGUGGGCAGAACUAAUGAGGUUUUGGACUGUAUAACGGAGAACAAUAAAAUUCUUCAACGUAUUCUUAAGAAGACUCUUGCAGAUCAACCAUCGGCCACGCGCAGCUACGCCAGCAGCUCGGAGGGUCUGGACGCCUUGGGUAGCCGCCUCAUGAGGGAGACCUCCCCGAUCACCCGAACUGGGACCCAUACGGGCGUACCGCUGCGAACGGGGGAGAACAUCAACGAUCGCCUGAGUUCCAUCAAGAACUCGAUCAAAUCGAUCGACAGCUUGUGCGAGGAGAAGCCCUACCAGAAGGAGAAGUGCCAGCGGUACAUCGACUCGCUCUUCUCGGACUCGCUGCACUUCGCCAGCAAGAAGAGCUCCAUGGAGGAUCUCAGCCUGAGCAGGAGUCUGAGUCGCAGCGAGAGCAGGGGAAGAAGUAUUCACCGAUCUGGGGACUAUGCUCCCUCCAUUAGGAUCACCUCAGAGCAUCGGUCCUUGGGGUCGGCGGAGUCGCGAAGGAGUCCACUGGGCACUAGGGACAGGGAUACGAGUCCCCUGCACCACCGAUCACACAGGGAGGUGAGCAGGGAGCUUUCCCCGCAGCGGAGGAGGCGUCUGGAGGAGGAGGACGAGGAGCGUAAGGAUCGGGAGAGCAGUAGGGUAAGACGUGAUAACUUGUUGCCAAAUUAUUUUGCUGAUAAUCGUAGCGAACUAAGUAGCGGGAAUAGUUUAACCGGGUUUAACCACAAAGUAGAUAGACAACUAGAAGAGACGUGCGCCAAGUACGCGGACGAUGCCCGACGCUCGGCCUGUCGCACACCGCUGAGCCACCCGUAUGAGUCCCGCACCACAGCCACACGCCUCCACCACACAGAUCCAGUCCAGAUCCAAGCCACCACAACGGGAUCGAGCUCGGGCUCUGGCUCGGGCACCAGUGCAGUCGAUAGUUUCCCCCGGCCCGUGUCGCCCUACCGCCAGCCGUACGAUCCCCACCACCACAGAUCCCCCGGUGGUGCCGGCGGCACACCCCUCUACCAGCCCGGCAAGCUGGAGAUCCGCCACACCACCGUGACCUCGACCUUCUACGAUCGGUUCCUCACCGAGAAACAGAUCGAGCGGCAGACCCACUCCCGCCCGCCCAGCCGCUCGCCAGUGGUUUCGCCCUCGGUGCCGGCCAAAAGCUACGGAGACUUGGGCACCACCACUCCAGCCACAUCCAGCACCACCGCUUCGAGCACCUCCUCAUUCAUGUCCAGCAGCUAUGCGGGCCCCUCCUCUUCGCUGCCCUCGGGCAACAACUACUCCUAUCUGGGCACCUCCUCCAUUACGCCCAGGGCCAGUUGCUUAGACCUUCGCUCCACGACCACAGUCACAGGCACCGCCACAUCCAUAACCACCACCACCAAAACCACUUCUUCGUACGUGCCGUACAAUUUCAGCAGCUCCUUCACCUCUCGCUUCAGCGAACCCACUACCACUUGCUCGGCGAGCGUAGUGAGUACCAGUUCCCUCACCCAUUCCACCGGGGUCUACAAUCCCAUGAUGUCGUUCACUCUGAGGGAACCACUUGGCGGCAGUUCCCUGGGUGGUUCAAGUGCCUCCCCCCUGCUUCCCUUUCAGUUUAACAGAACUUUCACCUCCAACUUCGACAAGGAGCAGAACAAACAAUAGACAUGUACCGGGAGUCACAUCAAUCGUUAACCGAAGGUUGUCCAUACACAUUUGAAGCCCCCAUUCAAAAUUUAUUCGAUACAGAACUCGAACAAAUUAAGCUCAAAAAUUUUUAUACUGAGGGAAAAAUCAGUCUUUAAACAAUAAUAUUAUAAAAUAUAUUUUCUAGCCAGAAUAUAACAAAAUAUAACUUGGUUUUCUUAUUAACCCUUAAGUUCAGUAAUUCUUACAAAUAAGAAAUAAAUAAUUAUUGAAUGUUCUGCUUUUUUGACUUGUACUGUAUUAAUUAAAAUUGUUGUCCUGGUUUUGGAUCGAUUUUUAUCUCAGUAAACUUAACUCUCGCAAAGCAAUAUAAAUAUAGUAAAUAUUAUAAACAGUUUUAGGCAAAAAUAAACCCAACUACAUAUAUAACAUAUAUCUCUAUAAAUAUAUACAAACCUUGCAAAUCGGAUAUUUACUCUUCAAGCCACUCUUGCACCAAACCAUUUUGGCUUCUUGCAACUUACCUCAUCUACAUUGACAGCACCAGCAACUCAACUGAUCAUAACUUAGCAAAGAUUUUUAUACAAAAUAUAUAUCUACAUAUAUACAAAGAGUAUAUCUAUCGAAACUGUAACCAAAUGUGAAGAGGGCAAAUAUUAUUCGAUCCUUUUUCAGUGUUAACCAAAGUUUAGCUCUAAUUCCUUUAGACACCACACUCAAUUAAACUUAAACUUUUCCUUAAUAUUAACUAAACAAUUUACACAGUAUCCAGAAAAAUACACACACUUUAAAAUGGUGUUAAACUCUCAGUGCAUUUGUGGGCCGAGUUAGUCGAGGAUGCUAAAGCAAAAUGAUUAAUCAAAUUACGUUUACCGACUGAAACGAGCCGUAAAUUAGUUUACCAACAUUGUUAGAUAUACACGCAGCCAUAUAUGUACCUAUACCAAUUGAACGAUAUAUAUUGUAUUUAAUUACGUACCGAUUGCAGUUGUUGAAUUUCAAUUACGGAAAAGGCACGAUAACGAUUUUGAAUAAGCAAGUAAACCCAAAUAAUGCAAAUGGCUAUAAAAACAAAUAUCAAU